AUGGCCCUGUGGGGGAUCGCCUAUUCCGCGGGCCCAAACUACAACAAGGCGUGGACAUAUUUCGAUCCAAAGGACCUUCGAGACUCCAUCAACAGGGCAAAGAACGCUAUCGCACGUGCCACUCAGCUGGUUGAGCAAAUCACCCCCGUGAAACAAGCACUGGUCAAGGCCAUCGCUGCACGCUUUCCACCCACGGAAAACAUCCCGGACGACCUGAGUCCACUCGAUCGUGCAUACGCAGAUGCUAUGCGGCCUGUGUAUCAGGAAUUUGGCAGCGACCCGGAUAUCGCCGCCUUGUUUGCUGAUGCACUGAUGUGCAUGACACCGCGCGGUCUGUGGGAUUUGGAUACCGGAAAACCGACCGGCUCUCAUACGGUCGAAGCCCAGCAGGUCAUCGAGACUGGCUUAUCAUCCGACGGGCGUGACCACCCGGCGCUCUGCCACUUGCAUAUCCACGUUAUGGAGAUGUCUCCAAACCCGGAACUCGCACUGCCGGCGGCAGAUCGACUACGACACCUGGUGCCUGAUGGAUCGCACAUGCUGCACAUGCCAACUCACAUCGAUGCGGCGGUCGGAGACUACCGUCGCGCAAUUGACUCCAAUCAUGAGGCCAUGGUUGCAGACGAUAAGUACUUUGCUCAAGAAACUGGCACGAUCUCGUACAUGGGUUAUCGGGUGCACUACAUUUGUGCGAAGCUCUACGCGGCUAUGAUGUGCGGCCGCUUUGUAGACGCGAUGUCGGCAGCGGAGAAGUUGGAACAAAUUAUAGAUGACAAACUCCUUUCUAUCACGAGUCCUCCGGUCGCUGAUGCUGUCGAAAGCUUCUUGGGCAGCAAGGCCCACGUGUUGGUGCGCUUUGGUCGGUGGGACGAGAUCCUUCGUCUUGAGCUUCCUGUCGAUCCCAAAUUAAGGUGCGCAACUACUGCGACUAUACUGUACGCCCGAGGACUUGCCUAUAGUGCGCUGGGACGAAUCGAAGAGGCGGAGGCCGUCCAGCAAGACUUUGAGGCCGCCCGCGCAGCUGUCCCUUCGACUCGUUUUAACAGUAUACCAUGCAAGCAGGUGGGCGUUUUGAAGGUCUCGUCGGCUAUGUUACAUGGCGAGCUGGAGUACCGUAGAGGAAAUUACGAGGUUGCUUUGCCUCUCUGCGAAAAAGCAAUCCAACUGGAGGACGCAUUGUCUUCCUCCGAUCCUCCUUGGAUGCAGCCUGUUCGUCAUGCCCUGGGCGGUCUGCUUCUUGAACAGAACCGGGUGGAGGAAGCUGAAGUGUUAUUUAUAGAGGAUCUUGGGUCUGCAAAGGACUUUCCCCGACACAGAGCAAAGCUGAACAACGUAUGGGGAUUGCACGGGCUGCAUGAGUGUGUUACACGCCUUGGUAAGACCGUUGAGUUGCUUUUUAUCCAGCCCGCACAUGAUAUCGCGGUGGCUACCGCUGAUGCUCCGGUCAUAGCUUCAUGCUACUGUCGUUUAUAG